ACAACAACCGGUGAUACGCCUUCGUAUUUGCAAACGUCAAUGGUAGUCAGUAAACAGUUAUGAGAGCUAGGGUAUAAGUUUUCGAAGUAUUUUACAACAUAAUUUCAAGGAUUAGUUUACAACAAUAUUCUAUGAAACAAGUGUUACCCACUAAAAUGAGGUCAAAAUUCGCACACCUGCUGGCCCUCCUACUGUUUGCUGGUAUAAUAGCCUUCUCUCUAGCGGAAUCCUACGACUGCACCAUCGAGAAGGAUGGCGAAUUGGACGUAUGCGUAUUUCGCAAUGUAACCUACUUCAAGAACACGACACAUAUUGCCUUCUAUUCACCGAGUUCCUCAAAGCCGGAAAAUGUGGCCUUUCGGGAUAGCCGUAUGGUGGCCAUUCCACCGAAUUUCCUGACGUCGUUCGCCGAUGGCUUGAAGGUGUUGAAAGUUGAAAACUGCGGACUUGAAACGGUGACGAUCACCAAGAACAUGGUAGCUUUACAUGCCAAGGGCAAUAACAUCCAGAAGGUGCUGCUGUAUCGGAACCAUCAGUGCGAAAAUCUCAUGGAACUAGAUUUAAGUAGCAACGCACUGAACACCGUUGAUAAUGUUACAAGUUGCGUGAAGCUCGAGACACUCAACUUGAGUGAAAACGAAAAUAUUUGGGGUGGCAAUACCCUAGAUCUUACACUUUUUGCAAGAUUGACCCAAUUGCAAGAUCUCAAUUUGGCCGGAACAGGGGCAUUAUACAUAGAGAACGAUAGAAAUAUCGGUUUACCCUUGUUAAAAACGAUGGAUUUGUCCAAAAACUUUAUUCUGCCUGUCGAUUUUAGCAUUAAAGUCUUCUAUCCUUUUACGGCUUUGGAAAGUCUCAAGCUGAACGACAACGAUUUGGGUAGCAUCGACUAUGCCCAUCUGUUGCACAUUAAGUCGUUGAAGACUGUGUACUUGAACGGCAACAGUUUCCAAUGCAGGAAAAUAAAGGAAAUGCUUGACUAUCUAAAUGACCACAACAUUGCCACGCCAACUGACCGGCACAGUAACUGCCGACAAAAUGCCCGUGAGGUCGAAGAAAUGUGCUGUACCGGACCGAUGCCUACGAGACCGACUACGACCACGACAACAACAACAACAACUCCUUCGUCCCACUCAGUAUCCACGGAAUCUGGUAGUAAUACUGAUAAUAGCGGUGGUGAUGGCAAGGCCGACGAAAACACCGGUAGCAACAAUGGAGAUGGAACCUCUCACCACUACUGGAUCAUAGGAGCUGUAGUGGGAGUGAUAGUGGCCGCAGCAGUUGCAGGUGGAGCCUAUUGGUACAAACGACGCCAAAACAAUUAGGAUUGGCUAUAAGUAGGUGCAACGUCAAUCAUUACUAUGUAGCAAUAGAUGAUAUAUUUUCUACGUUUGAUAUUGUAACACGAAAGCUUCUAUGUGCCAUGACCAGCACACACCUUUGAGGUUACUAACUAUUUAUAAUAUGUAGUAAUACCCGAAAACAAAAAGAUCCAACAGUUUAAACAUGUUAUAAAAAUAAACGAUCGUUAUAUACCUCAUUUUGAAGUAGAAAACUUAAGUAUUUUCGGCAGUUUUGUUCUCUCGUCAUGGGGUUUGUUUAAUCUUGUUGAACUCAAAGAUGGCCUCAAAUCUUUCCCAAUCAAACUGAAUUAUACGACCAAGUUUCUGGAAAUUUAACCGACAAAAACCCCUCCUGACGAAGUGAACAAACCGCCAAUAAUAUCCAAAGUCGUCCUAUAUAGUAUGUAGAUAUCGGAGAAAUUGAAAAAGGUAUUUAAAACAACAUGUAAACGUAACUUUAAUAACUACGUCGGGCUUAGAUUACGACAUUUUUUUUUAAUUCUGAAAACAUUUAAACUUGUGUAUAACAUGUCGAAACCAAAGUUUUUGAAAACAACUGCAAUCAACUGAUAGAGAUUUUGAUUAAUUCAGCUUUACGUUUGUAUCAGUCUGAUCAGUUUCGCUGCAAACCCAUAUUUAGACAUUUUCUGAUAAUUUUCGCAUCUUUAACCAAAAUUUUGCACUGCCAUGAAGAAAAAAAUAAGAGGAUUCCCUAAACAGCGUAAAUAACUGCGUAAGCGAUGAUUUCAAGUUUAAUAAAAUGUUUCGUGAAAUUGCGAAUUAAAUAAUCAAAGAUUGUCUGGGCGAUGGCUAUGUUUACAUAGGAUAAUAUUUAAUCUGCGGUUUACGCUGUUUAGUGAAUCCCCCUAGUAUAUAUAAUGUUACUCCCAGCACACUCCCAUGAAGUCAGCGAUUACAGGAUGUGUAAAGUGGACUGUUUCGUAUGAUGAACUCAUUCCAUCAUAAAUGUACACGGCGGAUCGAUUAAGUGAGGCGUAUAGUUCUUAUCAAUUCACCCCAUUCUGCAGAGUGACUGGGUAACUGAGAUCAGCAUGACCAAACGAACGGGACGGAACUCUAACAAACACAACUCUCAUAUUUUUUAUUGUAUUAAAAGUUCACCGCGGAAGUGUGACGCUUGACCCCUUCAUUAACCCUUAAAGCUAUGUUCAUUUAGAAUCCGGAAUGACAAAAUCACGUAUAUCUUAGGGAUGGAAUAACAAACAUAAAAGGUGAAGCCCUCAAAACAAAGGUUAUUUAUUGUACUUUGAUGGAAAAAUAUCAUUGGAAUUAUUUAUUUUUAUUUUUCACACAUUUUCUCACUUUUUCAGUGUUAACCUCUCUAAAAAUCUGCACAACGGUGGUAAAUUUUAGCAACAACCCCUUUCGCACGUUUGUUCAACAAUCAGGUCAUCUAUGCAGUGUCCUAAGUGCCUUGACUAGUCUGACUAGGAUUCCGAAGAAAAAUUGCCAAACUUUUUUUUUUAUUGCGAAAUGAGGGGCAAUUCAGUGAAUUGAGAAAACGCGAAAUUUGAGUGUUUUUUUCGUUGAUAAACACUACCCAUCUGUGACGAUACCACUGAACGUCUCCGGCUGUCAUGGCAACUCAUCAAAAUAGGUAAAACCUCUACAUAUCCCUUGUGUGCGUUUUUGAAAAGCAACACGCGAUUCUUGAGACUGUCAUCCUUGUAUGAAUUGGUUCUCAUCAUCUUGUUGCGAAAAAACCAUGCCCAGAGUUCGAACUUCUUGCUAAAUCUUCAAAUUCAAAGCAGAUUUAUCAAUGAACCCAAGCUUUUUUCUUCCGAGGACACUUCCUUAUGCCAUGGUUAACAACAUCUGUGCACAUAACACAUAAUGGUUUUGACGAUAUUAACAUUUUUCGCGACUGUCGUACCUGACCACGCUAAAUUUUCAACGUGUUUGUGCAAGAUUUUUUUCCUCCUCUUGUCUGUAAUCUGAAAUAACUUUUCACUCGUUGCAAGAAAAUCGAUGAAAUUUUCACCAUUUAAAGAGGAUGAUCAGAGUGCUGCAAAAGAAUGAUGAUUAUGUUCAUUGAGAGCGCCACUAGAAAAUGUGACAUGAUUCCGGAUUCUAAGUGAACAUAGCUUUAUGUGGCCGACAGGAUACCCGGGUACCCAGCGCCCAUUUAAAAAGCACGGUGUAGAAAAAAGCAAAAAGUUUGUCGGACACAUAACGGUUAAACUGAUAUACCUUCUCUCGUUUACCACUACUGGUUCACUGAAACCGUCCUAUGUGAACUUGCUAAUCGUACUAAAUAUUGUUGAAAAUGUUCAUUAAAGACGAAUCUUUCAAAAUA